UCCGUUAGAGAAUAUUCUUAUCAGUGACCAAACCCAGUGCCAAAUUGGGAAACGGCCAAACCACUCACUUGACAAGGACGAAGGCACGAAGCCUUAGCAAAUUCCACUAAGCUUCAGCACUUCAAAACACACGCUAUCAGUUAUCACCACAUCCACCACUACCGCCUCUCUUCCAAACAUCGCUCUCGCUCUCUCCUCGGAAUUGGACCUCAGCUACCCAUUUCGUUGAAGGGUCUUCACUGUUGAAGUUGGAAACUGUUAUUGUUAGUUUUGUGCUGAGAAGAUAAUUUUGAGAUUGGGUUUGGUGAAAUGACCAUAUGCGGGUGUGUUUCCGCCGCAAACUUGAGGUGGCAAAGUACUAUGAUAGAAAAUCACACUCUGAAAUCUGCCCCAAGAUGUGGAUUUCUUACUGGUUCAGAGAGAACCAAUGCAUUAGCAUUUGGAGGUUGUGAAUCCAUUCGUCAUAGUUUGAGAAUUCCAUGUACACAUUCUAAUAGAUCAAGGACAAGGAAGGGUGUCUCCCCUUUGCAGGUGGUAUGUAUGGACUUUCCAAGACCGGAGCUUGAAAAUACUGUUAAUUUCUUAGAAGCAGCGUACUUGUCUUCCUCAUUUCGUACUUCUCCCCGUCCAACUAAACCGCUAAAGGUGGUGAUUGCUGGUGCAGGUUUGGCUGGUUUAUCUACUGCAAAGUAUUUGGCAGAUGCUGGUCACAAACCAGUUUUGUUGGAGGCAAGAGAUGUUCUAGGAGGAAAGGUGGCUGCGUGGAAAGAUGAUGAUGGAGACUGGUAUGAGACAGGAUUACAUAUAUUCUUUGGGGCUUACCCAAACGUGCAGAAUCUGUUUGGAGAACUUGGUAUUAAUGAUCGGUUGCAGUGGAAGGAGCAUUCUAUGAUAUUUGCAAUGCCAAGUAAGCCAGGAGAGUUCAGCCGAUUUGACUUCCCUGAAGUUCUUCCUGCACCAUUAAAUGGAAUAUGGGCUAUUUUGAAGAACAAUGAGAUGCUGACUUGGCCAGAGAAAAUCAAGUUUGCAAUUGGACUCUUACCAGCAAUGCUUGGAGGACAGUCUUACGUUGAAGCUCAAGAUGGUUUCACCGUUAAAGACUGGAUGAGAAAGCAGGGAAUACCUGAUCGAGUAACUGAUGAGGUAUUUAUAGCGAUGUCAAAGGCACUAAACUUCAUUAAUCCUGAUGAACUUUCAAUGCAAUGCAUCUUGAUCGCUUUGAACCGGUUUCUUCAGGAGAAGCAUGGUUCCAAGAUGGCUUUCUUGGACGGUAAUCCCCCGGAAAGACUCUGUCUGCCGAUUGUUGAUCAUAUUCAGUCACUGGGUGGUGAAGUAAGACUAAACUCACGGAUACAGAAUAUCGAGCUAAAUCAUGAUGGAACCGUGAAAAGUUUUUUACUAACUAAUGGGAACGUGAUUGAAGGGGAUGCUUAUGUAUUUGCUACUCCAGUUGAUAUCCUGAAGCUUCUUUUGCCUGAAAACUGGAAAGAGAUUCCUUAUUUCCAGAGAUUGGAGAAAUUAGUUGGGGUUCCAGUUAUCAAUGUCCACAUAUGGUUUGACAGGAAACUGAAGAACACCUAUGAUCACCUACUUUUUAGCAGAAGUCAACUUCUCAGUGUGUAUGCUGACAUGUCAGUAACAUGUAAGGAAUAUUACGACCCAAACAAAUCUAUGCUGGAGUUGGUCUUUGCGCCUGCAGAAGAAUGGAUUUCACGCAGUGACUCAGAUAUUAUUGAUGCUACAAUGAAGGAACUUGCAAAACUCUUCCCUGAUGAAAUUUCCUCGGAUCAAAGUAAAGCAAAGAUUGUAAAGUACCACGUUGUUAAAACACCAAGGUCUGUUUACAAAACUGUUCCGGAUUGUGAACCUUGCCGUCCCUUACAAAGGUCUCCUGUUGAGGGGUUCUACUUAGCUGGUGACUACACAAAACAGAAGUAUUUGGCUUCAAUGGAAGGGGCUGUUCUGUCAGGAAAGUUUUGCGCACAGGCUAUUGUACAGGAUUAUGAGUUGCUAAUAGCUCGGGGACAAAGAAGGUUGGCUCAUGCAAGUGUUUCUUGACAAAAACCUUUGGAAAUGGAGGCAAAUUUUGCCUUGGUUCCUGAGGAUCAUCAAAGAAUAGUUAUGGCUUCUAGGUCAAUGACAUAUCGACCAUUUAGGAUAUCUUUUCUGCCCUUGAGGGAUUAUAUGCAAUAACAACAUAUCGAGCUCUCUGAUAGUGAAUCUUUUCAGGAUAAAAAUCUCCUGUUGUGGUUAUACUUGUAUGAUGCUUAUCUUGCUGUAAGUGUACAUAAUUUGUUCUCAAAGAUAUAUCCAACAGCCAAUGCAAUUAAGGUGAAAGUAAAUAAUUCUAUUCAGCUUGUGUACUUAA